UUUAUUAUUUGAUAACGUUUAUUUUAGGUGAUCAGAAUAAUUUUGACACCUACUUUAUAAUGAUGGUAUUCUCUUGGGCUAAUAGUGUUCUUUAUGCAGGGAGAAUAUGUUUUAUAGCAUUCUCAAUCGCAGAUAUGACCAACGCAUUGCCUACAACGUCAUCUCCAAGACCAGAUCCAUUGACCUGUACAGACUGUUGUGAUUUAGUGCUAUGUAUGGGACUCGACAGUGGACCACUGACUACUAACACUGGGGACUUUACCGAUAAAUUGUGCAGCAAGACAAACAUCGCCAUUAUGCCAACUUGUUUUACAAAGCACAACUUAAACACCUGUUCCUACAUGAAAAAACUUGUCCCCAUAAUACCCUCUUCUGAUAAGAUGGCGGAAGGCUUUGUAGAACUCUGCAAACAAAAGGAAGAGAUGAAAGCUGUAUCUUCUUGUUUGACAAACAGUAGUAUAGGAUCAGAAGAACUUAACAGAUGUCAGAUUCCUUACAUGAAUGCAAUGAAAGAUACAAAUAGCAACGUAUGCGAGACAAUGAGUACAAUGUCUCAAUGUGUACUAUCGCUGUUAAAGACCACGAACUGCAGUGACAACAUUGGUAUAAACUAUGAACAAUCAAUGGAAUUACAAAAGGAGAAAUACUCGUUUUGCAACAAUGCAUCAGCUCAAAUGAGUAAUGUGCUGUAUCUUGUAAUCAUCAGUUUAAUGCUCAUCUGGAAUACAAUAGCUUUGAACAUAUGACAUUCAAUAACAUUAGUUUGAGGACCUCCUGAUGUGAUUUAUUUGUUAUCUUUUUAAAUACUGUAAAAACAAUAAACACUUUCUUCUUAA